CAGACGGUAUGGACAGCAAUUCUGUCUAUAAGUGAAGCAACUUAGAAACGAGACCAAGUUAGUAUUGACUACAAGAAAGAGAAACUAAAAAUCAACUUCAGAAUUCACGAAACGUACAAUGGACAAAAUAACGAUGAAUUAUUACCCAAAGACGCACUUCUUUAAAGUUCAUCCAUCAUGGCACCGAUGGCAACCUGAAUUUCGAAUUCUACAUAGGAGCAUCUUUAAAAAGCGAACUGUUGACCGUGCUUAGAAUAUCAACUACUACCGGAUCUAUUUAGCGGAACCCAACCAUCUUUGCUCAGGUAUUCGGUACUCCCUAAUCAUUAUACAAAUCAGCGAAAUGCAAAGUGACCCGGUAUGAUUGUCGUAUAAAACUGCACCCACCGAAUUAAAAAUUCAUUGAUUAGUGUUCUGUCAAUCUGUGAGCAACAACAACAAAAAAAAUGUGGAGGUUGACUUGUGCACUUUUAGCGGCUGUCGUGGCUGUAGGGGCUGCAGAUGUUACACCCCGAUCGGGUGAUCAAUUGGUAUCAGUGGUACUGAGCAAAUGUGGUGAUAUGGGGUGUGUUAAGGGAUACGUUUUGGAAUAUUUGGAUAACAUUUUGGGCCUGCAGUCUGAGGGAAGGAGCGUUCAGAACAUUGACAAUGCCAUCUACAAGCGCGCCGCUCGCGUACUAGAAACCCAAGAGUUUAAGCUGCGAGUUCCAGAAAUCCUCGCUGAGAACACCGACAUUGUUUACAACCCCGCGACCGGCUUGGAUAUUGUAGCUGAUGAAAAUCAAUCCCGAGGAAUUCUGAAGAAGAAGCUGUUGCUUCCAUUCCUGAUCCUCUUCAAACUGAAAACCAAGUUGCUGAUGCCCAUUUUCGUCGCUCUUGCCAGCUUGAAAGCCUUCAAAGCCCUCAUCCUCUCCAAAUUGGCUAUUGUUUUAGUUCUCGGUUUUAUCAUCUACCAAUUGUGCGCCAAAUCAGGAAUGCCUAUGCCAAUGAUGACCAUGGGACCAGCACCCGAACCUCCAGCGUCUUUGUACGGAGCUCCAGCUCCAGGUCCCUCCACAGCUCCUCCAAGUUCAUACGAACCAGGCUGGGAACCCAACACUGGAGGACCCUACCAAAGAGUCUGGUCUGGAUCUAGCAACGAGGCCCAGAACUUGGCCUAUUCGGCUUACUACCCAGGGUCUUCCAGCUCUUCUGGAUCAUCCACUAGUCGCCCAUAAAAAUCUUCCUGGCUGAUUAGAUUCGGCGGAUAUUUAUUUUGUGCAUUGUUAAUUUAUUUGUUUUUAUUAAAGCUUGAUUUUGGAGAAGAACGGUGUUCAAGCAUUUAACUAGA